AUGGAACACCGCCCGACAGGUGGCUGCACGUUGAGGUCCUUCUGCUCAUCAGUCGUUUCGGUGUCACCGUUCGCCUUGCCGUCGCCGCUGUCCUGCACAAGACGCUCGGGAGGGCUGAUGGACUGGGCUACACAGCGGAAGAGUGCUGCAUCACGCACCUGCGGUAGGUGGGCCAGCUCCUGGUCGGGGUAUACAGGGGGUGACCUCUCACGACUCGCUCUGGGUGCCAAGCAUCUUCUGCUGAAUCAGCUGCUAGACAGUACCCAGCAAGAGCGCCUAGAUGCGGCGUGGCGGAAGUUCCUGACGGACGAGCACCUCGCGACGGCGGCGACGGCCGGGCGUGGCAAUCUGGAGCGGGACAUGCCGAGCUAUGACGAAUUUGAGCUGCUGCGCGGCCACUCGCACAAAAUUGUUCUUCACUCGUACGUGCCAAUGUUGCAGCUGAUUUUGAGGCCGAUGGAGUGGAAUGGCGACGGGUGGCGCCUGCAGGCCCUGUGCACGCAGUUGUAUCCCCGACAUGUCCUGCGCGUGAUUGGACGCCAGCGCAGCUCCUGCGAGGCCCAGAAGACACCCGCAUCGACGCCACAUGCACGGUACUACGACCUCAACACAGGCUCAUUGGCGGGGGCAGUACUGCCAAAGCACGCCGCCGCCGCCUCCCCGGCAGUCGGUCCGAUCGGCGGCUACGACAUCACGCGGCUGUUCAUGUCGCCGUGUCUAACCGGGUGGUUUGUGGUAACGUUUGCGUCGAGUACGGCGGAGAGCGGUUGUUUUCUCGCCAUGGAGUGCUUUUCCGAUCCGCACCGGCCCUUUGGUGCAAGUGUCGUGGUGGAGGAGCUGAGCCUGUACUGCAAGCCGUCUCGCGCCCCUCAUCAGCAUCGCAUCAUGACAUUCCUCAGCGAAGCGGAGCAGACGCUGGUGGAGCAAUUUGUGCGACUGGUGAACAGCGCCGUGUGGUUUAGUAUUUUGCCGUGUGUUUCGCAAUUUAUGAUGUAG